AUGUACCGCUGCUCAGUUCAACUUCUUCUUUCUUCUCUUUCCCGCCUCCUCGGCCGAUCUUCUCGCUCCGAAAUCCUACACGUCUGCUCAGCUCUCCUCGCCCAGCUAACAAGAAUCGGUCUACUUCACAUGAAUCUGCCCUCUACGGCCGCCGCGAUCGUCAACCACAGCUCCUCCGUUUUCCCCGCUGCCGGAGAUAUAACCCCAUGGAAUGCCCUCAUCGCUGAGCUCUCAAGCCAUGGUUUCCCCCUUCUCGCCAUCCAGGCCUUCUCACUCAUGCACCGCAUUGCUCUGCCCCUCGACUCCUACUCUCUCUGUAGCGCGCUUUCUGCUGCUUCCUCUCCUCAGUCCAAAGCCGUCAAGCUUGGCAAUCAGAUUCACGCUUAUUUCUCCAAGUCUGGAGUGAUGUCCAACAUUUUCGUGGGAGGCGCUCUCAUCGAUUUCUAUGCCAGAACAGGUGCUAUUCCGGAUGCUCACCAGGUGUUUGUUCAAAUUCCUGUUAGGAAUGCUGUUUGUUUGAAUGCGCUUUUAAAUGGCUAUGUUGAGGAAAAACUCUGGAUGGAAGGUCUGUCCUUGUUCCGGAGUUCUUAUAGGCUCAAUCCGGAUGGUUAUACGAUUUCUGCCGUGCUUAAAAUUUGUGCUGAAAUGUCUUUUAUUUUACUAGGAAUGCAGUGCCAUGCCUAUUUGAUUCGUAGGAUUAUGGAGAAAGAUGUAUUUUUGUUGAGUUCCUUAGUUGAGAUGUAUGGGAAGUGUGGCCUUGUAGACAAGGUUCACUCUGUGUUUAAGAUGUUUGACAAAGGGAUAGCAGAAGGAAGAAGAGAUGUUGUGCUUUGGACGUCCUUGUUGAAUGCCUAUGGGCGGAAUGGGCUGUUUGAUGAUGUAAUAUCAACAUUUGAGGAGAUGUUGGUUGAAGGGACAGAGCCUGAUGAGAUUGUGAUGUUAGUUAUCCUUUCUGCUUGCGCUCGCUCUGGCAAUGUAAUGAAAGGUAUUCACUACCUUGAAUCAAUGACGAAAGAAUACAAAAUGGUACCAAGGCACGAGCAUUAUAGUUGUGUGGUUGAUUUGCUUUGUCGGGCUGGUGAAGUCGAGAAAGCUUUAAAUUUUGUUACUGAAAUUGCAGCAGAGGAUAAUGGUGAUGGAGGAACAAUGUUUGCUGUUAGUGCUUGGGGCGUCAUACUCAGUGCUUGCAGUGAUUAUGGAAAUGUUAAGAUUGCUAAGCUUGCUUUUCACAGGGCGAUUCAGUUGGAUCAGGAUAAUGUUGGUGUCCACGUAGAACUCUCAAAUUUGUAUGCCAGAGUUGGAAUGUGGGAUGAGCUCGCAAAACUAAGAAAGUUGAUGUUGGACAAGGGAAUGAAGAAAGAUAUGGGCCAUAGCCGAUUGGAGAUCAUGAACUAG